AUGGAUAUGAUUAGUGUAUAUAAACUGCAUACACUCAAGAUUAAUACACACAGGUCUUAUUCAAAUAAACCAGAAAUAGUCAGGCAGUCUGAGUUGGUGCAAGCUUUAAAUUCGCUUCAUUCGCUGAAAAUCAGCUUCAUAGAUGAAAUUUUAACAAAUAACUUCCAAAAAGUCAACAUUAAUUUAGAGAAGUUAUCCACACUAUCCUCAGUUAUCCACAUCUUUGAUUUCAAAUCGCUUAAGUUUUUGGACUUAUCAUGGAAUUUAGACAUGAAAAGCUGUAAAGCUUCAGCACUAAAAUUUCUGAGUCAACAAAAUAAUCUCAAAGAAUUUGGUUUGUGGGAAAGUAAUGGCGAAGAUUUCUUCAAAUUACUCAAUUUCAUGAAUAUUGAAACUAAAUUCAGUUUAGAGAAAUUUUCUUUCCAUAAUUAUGAAUUUACACAUCAUGAAGCUUUAAUAAAGUUUUUGAAUAACCAAAAAACUACAUUGAAAUCAUUGAAACUUGAUUUAAUCACCAUUACGAUACAGUCAAUUGAGCAGAUGCAAAAGUAUGCCCUUGAAAAUUUGACAGAAUUAAAGGAAUUGGAUUUAUUCAUGCAUGUUGCUGACAAUGUGGAAGGAAAUUAUAAUGAGCCAUUCGAAAACGAUGAACCAAGAUUCCCAAAUCAAAUAACAAAUAAAUUAGAAUAUUUGGGAUAUAGAAGAUUGCAUCGUACUCUUGAUGAAGAUAAGAACUUUAUUGACAAAUUUGGAAACCUUAAAAUAUUGAAUCUUCAAACGUCCUAUGAUAAGGAUUGUGAUCUUCUCAAUUACAUAAGUAUUACAAAAAUUGGAUUGGAAUCACUGCAACUUGACAUGUUUCUUCUAGACUUUAUAGAUUGGCCGAGAGUUUAUUUCCCAAAUCUUAAGAAAUUAAGUUUAAAUGACUAUGAUGGUGAUUACUUUCAUAUGAAAAGUAUAAAUGAUGAAGUUUUCAGUUCCUUUAUCGCAAAACACUGCAAGACAUUAGAAGAAAUAAGCAUUCGGGAAUUGCAAAUUUCUCAAAUGACAAUCGAUGCACUUGCUAGCUGUAAAAAAUUAAGCUAUCUUGAACUUGCUCGUACAGUCAAAUGGAUACAGGGAGAAGCCAUGUCAUUACCUAUACUUUGGUCCAUAAUCAAAAUGCUGAAAUAUUUGCCACACAAAUAUUCUAGAUUAACAUUAAAGAUUGCAUCGAAUACAUUUUACUUUCCUGGUGAUUUGAUGUUUUGGAACCAACUUUUCCCUACAAAUCUGUUUAAAAUUAAAAUUGGAAAUCUAAACUCUCCCAAUUUUUAUGUUUGA